GAGACCUUGUAUCUACACCGCCGGGACCGCGCACCCCCCCCCCCCCUUUCUGCCCCCACGCCCCGCGGGGGGGGCGGGGGGGUGACAUUCCCCGGGGUCGCGGGAUGUCCCCCGUUUGGAGGGGGGGAAAGGGUCAGCCCACCUCCCCAUUUUGCAUCGCAUCGCAGUCAGGUGGGCGGGAGGAAAAAGGUUACCCCCCCCUCCCCCCCCCCGGUGGCUGGAGAGGGCGGCGAGGCAAGGGUUAAUACGAACUGUUAACCUGCACGGCGAGGAAGGGGUUAAUUCGACCCCGUGUGACCCCCACCCCCCGUGGGGCCGGACAGGGUGGUGAGGAAAGGAUUAACUCCCUCCAUGUGGUGUCAGAGUGGGGUGGCAAGGAAAGGGUAAACCAUUGUCCCCAAUGAAGUGACAGCCGGUUGGGCAGGAAGGGGUUAAAUCCCCCCCGGUCCCACGAGGUUGACAGCACCCCAUAGGGGGUUUGGGGGACAAAGUCCUCACAGGAGUCACAGCACCCCAUGGGGAGUUUGGGGGACUUGGUCCCCAUGCAGGUGACAGCAUCCCAUAGGGGGCUUGGGGAGCACAUGAUCCCCACAUGGGUCACAGCACCCCAUGGGGGGGUUGGUAAAUGGUCUGCAGGUGAUAGCUCCCCGCAGGGGCUGUAAGCGGGUCACUGUGCGGGGAGGGGGCUGGACCCCGUCCCCGUGUGGGUCACAGCACCCAGUGGGGCUGGAGGUGGGGACCCCACACAAGGAACCAGCAAAGGGGCUGAACCCCGUCCCUGUACAAGUGCAUACACCCCUAUGGGGCUAAGAAUCAGGGACCCUGUGUGUGGGGGGAGUCAGGGGGGUUAACCCCAUUUUCACAUAGGUGAUGGUGCCCCAGUGGGGCUGGAAAUGGGGGCUCAGUGAGGGGGGCUUACCCCAUCCCCAUGCAGUCUCACGCAUUCCAAUGGGGCUAAAAGUGGGGGACCCUACUCUGGGGGGGUACAGAAGUCUAACCCCAUCCUCAUGCAGCCCCCGGCGGUGGAGUUGGUGGUGGAGUUUCUGCGGGUGCUUGGCAGCCAAGAACUACAGGUUAACCCUGUCCCCACACAAGUGCCGGCACCCAAGUGGGGAGGGUUUGGGGAGGGGGGGGCUGGCAGUGGAGAAGGGGGAUGUGGGCGGUGCAUGUGGGGGCCCAGGGAUGGGAUGAUUCAUUGCGUGUACUUAUGACAUUGCUGGCUGCUUCCCUGUGGCUGCCAGCCGGCACGGGUGGCACUGCCUGCCCCAACACGCUGCGUUCCCCUCAAGCUGCCUGAGCAGAACUUGGGGUUCGCCCACCCUGGCACUGCUAUGCCGGCCAUCCUGCUCUUCUGGAGCCGCGCGGAGAGGAAUAAGUACUCAGCACCAGGCAGCGUCGCCGUCAUGGGGAAAGACUAUUACAAGAUUUUGGGCAUCCAAUCUGGAGCCAAUGAGGAUGAAAUCAAGAAAGCCUACCGGAAAAUGGCCCUGAAGUACCACCCUGAUAAGAAUAAAGACCCCAAUGCCGAGGAGAAGUUCAAGGAGAUUGCAGAGGCUUAUGAUGUCCUGAGUGACCCCAAGAAGCGAGCCGUGUAUGACCAGUACGGGGAGGAAGGUCUCAAGACUGGAGGUGGCUCUUCAGGUGGCUCAGGGAACGCUUUCCACUACACCUUCCAUGGAGACCCCCAUGCCACCUUUGCAUCUUUCUUUGGAGGCUCCAACCCUUUUGAUAUUUUCUUUGCUAGCAGCCGCUCCCGGGUGUUCAAUGGCUUUGACCAGGAAGACAUGGAUAUCGAUGAUGAUGAUGAUCCUUUCAGUGCCUUCAGCCGGUUUGGCUUCAACGGCAUUAAUGGGGUUCACCGGCGGCACCAGGAGUCCCUGCACACACGGAGGAAGGUCCAAGACCCGCCCAUCAUCCACGAGCUGAAGGUGUCCCUGGAAGAGAUCUACCAUGGCUCCACCAAGAGAAUGAAGAUCACCCGCAGAAGGCUCAACGCUGAUGGCCGGACCAUGCGGACUGAGGAUAAGAUCCUAAACAUUGUCAUCAAACGGGGUUGGAAGGAGGGAACCAAAAUCACAUUCCCCAAAGAAGGGGAUGCCACGCCGGACAACAUCCCUGCUGACAUCGUCUUCAUCCUCAAGGACAAACCUCACUCGCACUUCAAGAGAGAUGGGACGAACAUGGUCUACACUGCAAACAUCAGUCUUAAAGAGGCAAAAAGACAGUUGGAUGGUCCUGUUGGCUGGAAACCUGAGGUCUAGCCGCUGUACCUGUUCCCUUUCUGCUUCUUAUUUUAUGGCCAGAGAUGUUUUCCUGGCAUGUGUACCUGUGCAGCCCACUAUGUCGCAUGGUGGUGGGUACCAGCCAGCAGAAGGGCUCCAGCAUCCCUGGAAUAAUCCCUUCCUUCCAACCUUCCCUUCCCUCCAACCUGCCAGAGCUGCAACCAUGCACCCCCUGCUCACACGGAGCCAGCGAUGAACCUCCUCCUGCUGCCAGAAAAAGCUUGUCUGGGAGGAGACCCAGCACAGAUGAGAUGUGCAAGGAGACAGCAGGCUCCAGCUUUCCUCUUCUCAGCUCACCUGAGCCCUAGAGCCAAGCCCAGCAUGGGUGGCUCUGUGUUUGCUUUGGUGCAAAGCCCUGGCACUGCAGCAGAAGCAGCAGCCUUCAGCCUCAAGCCAGGGGUCAGCAGGGAAGAAGGGUUGCUACUGCUGCUGUCUCCUGUUGCUCUGGCACUGGAGGCUUUUCCUGGGGAGGAGGCUGCAGAACAUCCUCCCCCGCUUCCCUUGCAGGGUAUCUUUUGGGGACAGGAGGGCUGGGACCCCCCAUGCCCCAGGCCAAGGGGACAGGUGCUUUGUGUGCAGGACAGGACCAGCUUGCACCAUCCACAGCAAAUCCUCCCCUUCCAGAAGUAUUGCUCUGCAGUCCUCCAUCAUCAGCAGCCUCUCUCCUUGCUGAAAGCCUGGAGACGCUGCUGCCCACGUGUACAGCAGAACUGAGUUAUUUAAGGACACAAGGCUUUUCUUGCUGCAUUCCUGCAUCACAUGGCUCACUAAUGCAGGCUGGCUUGCAGCUGCUGCCAGCUUCUGCAGGAGGCAGUGCCUGGCCCUGGGAUGGGGAUGGCAGCCUGGAAAAUCAUCUCCUGGCUUUGCAGUGGGGGGAUGUGGCUAUGUGGAGGUCCCUGCAGCAGGGAUGCAGGGCAUGCCUGGGCCAUUCUCCCCAAGCCUGCAGUUUCGGGGAAACAUUGCAUUCUUGCUUCCUUCUUGGGCCACCAAGGUAUAAAAAUAGCCAGGGAUAGCAGCGCAGUGCAGUAACCCAACCCUUU